AUGCCUGUGUUGGUGUACCUGGGCGAAGAGCACGAGCUGAAGGAAGGCCGCAACGUCAUUGGGAAGCUCAAGGCGUCAUGUAAUGUGAUGUUGGAAGGAGCAUCGGUUGCAGACACCCAUGCAGUGCUGGAGUUGAUUCAAGACGGCGCAAUCCUCACGGACUUGGACUCUCCAUUCGGCACAUUCUUCAACGGAGUGAGAAUAACACAGCCGCAACGAGUUGUUCAUGGCGAUACCAUCAAGUUUGGUGAUGCAGGGCACGAAUACAAAUUCGACAUGACUUUGGCGCCUUCCGUGGACAAAUCGAUCGCGAGCUCCUUCCGCGACUCCCUUGCUCCCACGUUCAGCAACAGCGACGCCGCGGCAAUGACGUCGCAGAAAGGACAAGCGCCGCCCGUUCGAAAAUCCAACGUUUUUGCGUCCUAUCUAGACGAACGAUCCACGGAUGCCGCAUUGCGGGACAUGGUUGAACGGCAGCUCCAUCGUCGUUCACUCUCCAAGUCGAUCCCCACCAACUCCAAGAAGGUUCCGCCUCUGUCGCCCUCCCAACGCAACUUCAUCGAGCGGCAGAAGCUACGACUAUCUCAAAAGAUACGAGACAUCAACAGCGUCAUGCUGGGGCACACUGCAAUCAGCGACACGUACCUGGCAUCGUGGACCACGAGUGGCCCAGGGCACCCUGGCGACGACCCGUUCGACGAUGACGACUUGCCAGAAACCUCGGAGAAGGCCCCUCUCGUGAUCGCACCAACGAAGAAGUCUCCCUCACCUGUCGUGAUACGUGCUCCAGCCGCGACUCCACCUGUCGAAGACAUGAACGAGAGCGACGAUGACGACUUGCCAGAGACUGUCGAGCAACGACCGCCCCCUGCGUUUGACGCUGCCUCCACUCCUGCCGUCGCGUUUAGGAAACCUCGACGGUCGGGCUCGGCCCAGCGGCGCAUCGACGUUUUGAUUCAGUCCCGCCGCGUGAAGGCGCUGGCCCAAGCAUGGAACGCAUGGCGACAAGCACUCGAAGUACGACAACGUGCCGACCAGCAACGCCAGCAACGCGCUGCGGCCACACGAAUUCAAAGGUUUGUCCAUGGUGUCGCGCUGCGGCAGCGCAUUGCACGUCAUGUCGAGCAACGAUGCAAGCAUCGGGAGCAAUGUGCCCAUGUGUCUCGGGUUGUGCAGCUCUUCCAACGGCAGUGCUUUCGAUUCACGAUGGCGCGGUGGCGCUCGCAUGGCAUCGAGUGCGUUGUGACCAAGCUGCACGACCGCCUUGUGGACCGAUGCAUCCGCCGCGACGCUGUCACAAGGACGUUUCGGCAGUGGAAAUCGGCAUGGGUACGGUCGUCCGGCCGACAGACGACGUUGUCACGGGUUCUGCACCACUCUCUAUCGCGGACAAAGCUCCGAGCGCUCUUGGCAUGGCGAGUGUGGCGGCUGGAAACCGAAGCACACGCCGCACUUGCCAAAGCACACGACGAACACGCCAAGCAGAAACUGUUGGUCCAAGCCAUGGCAGCGCAGUCCCAAGCAGAAGCUACGGCAUGGAGCGACCAAGCCAAAGAGACGGCCCAGCACGUCCAGCGUGAGGCGGCACUGAAAGCGCAAGUGGCUGCCUUGACGGAUCAAGUGGACGCGUGGAAAACGAUCCGCAAGGCCGAUGUCGCAGUGCAGACCGACUCGAACGCGAACGCGCGCGCCGCGCUGUUGUCGCAUACCCUGCUCAAGACUGUCGUCGGCGAGAUGAAGGAGAAAAAUCUUCGCGCGGUAAUUGACAGCUUGGAGGGCGACUUGACUGCGUCCCAAGAGCGCGAGACAAGGCUUCGAGACGAGUACAAGCAGCUCUUGGAGACGAUGGUGCGGCAUGCAUCGCAGCUGGACGAUGCGCAGAAAGCCGCCAAGGACCACCAAAACAUAAUCGACGACCAGGCAAAGGCUCUUGCUGCGAUGGAAGCAGCGCAUGAAAGCGCAAAGCAAGCCGCGCUCGACAAAGAAGCGUCGCUGACGAAGCGACUCGACGAGUUGCGGACAGCGACGGCAGAUCUCCAACGACGCGAGGACGUGAAAAAGACGAUGGAAUCGACGACGCAACAACAGGCGAUUGCGCUGAUGGAAGAUGCGGGCAAGCGAGAAGCAGCCUUGAAAGCACAGGUCGACGUGUUGGAGAGUGCGGCGCGGAAGCGAGAGGCCGACCAGUUCAAGCUGGUCCUCGCCCACGACGUUGAGACCAAGGCGCUGGCAGACCAGUGUCGUCAGCUUGAAGCUACAGUGGCCAAGUUGCAAGCCGAGCGUGCAUUGCCCCGUGAAGCGCCCGCCCCACGUUUUGAGCAGCCAUCGACUCCACCAUCGUCCCCCCACCCAAAUGCUGCCUUGGAGCAAGAGCUGGAGACGUACAAGAAGAUGUUGGAACUUGCAGACAUGAAGUUGAAGGCGGCGACAACCCAACUCGACGCGAAACACGCCGCGGAGCGGGCCAUUGUCAAGGCCGAGAUGCAAGCUCACAUGCAGUUCAACGCACACGUCGAGACAUUUCUAGAGGCCCUUGUGACCAAGUACGACGUCCGCCUCUUGCGCGUGGGUGGAGAGCUGGACGUGCUCAUGGCACAUGGCGAACAUGACGCCAAGGGGGCGCAGUUUCGUGCCGCUUCGAACCUCGUGGGGUAUGCCCAAGAAGAGCGAUUGAUGCACUUCCAAGACCUGAGCGAGAUCCACGACCACCUGCUUGGGCUGCGCCGGCUUGCCAUCCUCCACGCCACCAGUCCGCCAUCCACGAUGGCCAUGCACACCAUGUCGUUGAGUCCGAACGGCACAUUCUUAUACGACAUGCUCGUCCAGCGCUUGAAUCGGCUGCAUCAACUGCAUGACAGCAUGGCUGUCCAAGCAGCCACGUUGACAGGCGGGAACCACGACACCAAGAAACUCGAAUACGCCAAGUUUUUGGCCCAGACCAUGUACUCGCGACAGGUGGCGUUUGUCGAUGAAGCGUCGGCCGCGCUCUUGCACAUAGCUCGCUUGCAGGCGCAUCUCGACGGCAUCGCAUAA